AUGUCGUCCAAGAGACUACAUGGCGUGUUUACCCUUCUUAUGCUCAUGGUUUUCAAUGUUUCAGGGGCAUUUGUUGGUAUCACUAUUGGCAAUGACAUGUCGAACAUGCCACCAGCAACAGAUAUAGUGUCUAUCCUCAAAGCAAAGAAGAUCCAGCAUGUUCGCCUGCUUGAUUCAGACCAUCAGAUGUUGACUGCCCUUGCAAAUACUGGAAUAGAAGUGAUGGUUGGUGUUCCAAAUGAUCAGCUACUUCGUGUGGGCCAAUCUCGUUCCACAGCUGCUGAUUGGAUUAAUAAGAACGUCGCUGCUUACAUUCCGGCGACUAACAUCACAUAUAUUGCUGUGGGUAAUGAGGUCCUUACUACCAUUCCCAAUGCAGCACUUGUUCUCGUACCUGCACUGCAAUUCCUCCAGUCAGCACUUUUGGCUGCAAAUCUCAAUACUCAAGUGAAAAUUUCGAGUCCUCAUUCAAUGGAUGUGAUCUCGAAGGCGUUUCCUCCCUCUGCUGCCACUUUCAAUUCGACAUGGAGCUCAAUAAUGUCUCAGUAUCUUCAGUUUCUCAAGAAUACGGGAUCUUCGUUUAUGCUGAAUGCCCAACCAUACUAUGGUUAUGUAGGAGGGCAAGGUGUAUUCCCCUUGGAGUAUGCACUGUUCCGCUCACUUAAUCCGAACAGUCAAAUUUCAGAUCCUAACACCAAUCUCUUUUAUACCAAUAUGUUUGAUGCUACAAUUGAUGCUACCUACAACUCAAUUCAAGCAAUGAAUUUCACGGGGAUUCCUGUUUUAGUCACAGCUUCUGGCUGGCCAUGGCGUGGUGGGCCAAGUGAGAAGGCUGCUACUGUUGAUAAUGCUUUGGCCUACAAUACAAACCUCAUACAUCAUGUACUGAACAAUUCUGGUACUCCGAGUCAACCAAAUAAUCAAUCAAGCACCUACAUCUUUGAGCUGUUCAACGAGGAUAAUCGGUCAGGGCCUGUAUCAGAGCAAAAUUGGGGGAUUAUGUUUCCCAAUGCAACCACUAUAUACUCUCUAUCAUUUGAGGACGUGGCCACAACUAUUCCUGAAUCACCAGCUUUGCGUGGGGUGUUUUGUGUGGCAAAUUCAAGUGCACCCCAUAGUGCACUGAAGCAUAGUUUGGAUUGGGCAUGUGGCCCUGGUUCUGCAAACUGCAGUGCAAUUCAACCUGGGCAACCAUGCUAUGCAUCAGAUGAUAUUGUAGCUGUUUCUUCUUAUGCUUUCAACGAUUAUUACCAUAGAACACAGUCUAGUGGUGGUACAUGCAACUUCAAUGGCACCGCAAUGAUAACAUCAACUGAUCCAAGCCAUGGUUCAUGCAUUUUCGCUGGAAGCACUGGCGCCAACGGCAGCAAAGGUGGAACAACCUCCGGGCCUAGCGGUCACCGAAUCUGGGCCCCGCGGCGGAUAUGUCCUCGUCCUCCUCCUUCCUCGACUCCCGCUUCCCCUUCGCCGCCGGCGCCGGGGCCCCCGGCGGAAGCGGCGGUGGAGGCGGGGAGGAGCGUGCAACCGUGGGGGUCGAGCGGCGGGACGUCGGUGUCUUCAUCUGGGAAACGGAUACAGAAGGAGCUGCUGGACCUCAACGCCUCCGACUGCUCCGCGGGACCCAAGGGCGACAACCUCUACCACUGGCUCUCCACCAUCAUCGGGCCCCAAGGAUCGCCAUAUGAAGGAGGGGUAUUUUUCCUUGACAUCGUGUUUCCUCCUGAUUAUCCCUUCAAACCUCCCAUGGUAACUUUCAAAACAAGGAUUUACCACUGCAAUAUUGAUUCCACUGGUAAAGUGCAUUUGGACAUUCUGAAGGAUGGCUGGAGUCCAGCUUUCACUAUUUCAAAGGUGUUAUUGGCCAUCAAAGACAUCAUCAGCAAUCCAGAUCCAUACAGCCCACUUGUGAUGAGCAUUUCACGUCAGUAUCUGACUGAUAGAGCUAAACACGAUGAAAUAGCAGCUGAGUGGACAAUGAGAUUUGCAAGAUAG